GCUGAUGGUUAUGAGGAAGAAUUGAUAAAGAAGAAACUUCAGCAGUUUGCUGGUGGAUCCAUCAAUCUCUCCAAAGUCAACAACGGCAUUGGAAUACUUACUUUGAACAACCCAAAGUUAAUGAAUGCCUUUACAGGAGGAAGAGUAGAAGCAAAAUCACUUGGCCGCUGAGGUGGAUGGAACAUUGUCAAAAUGUGCUAUUUCAGUGGCUGAGACCAAGCCGAAGGUGGAAGUACUUGACUGAGAAUUCAUUCUUGACCUGGUGCUGGGAAGCUUACUUUGUAGGAGCUGCAAGGAAAACAAGCAGGAAGAAAAAGAAACAACCCUCCCACAUGAGGAUGGCUGCUAACAGGCAAUUUCAGAACAGGAUGAGUUCUGUGCAUGCAGACAUAGGGUCAAAAAGCCAACACUCUUGGCAGAAAAGGAAAUAGUCCUGGCGGGUAUUAAUCUAAAGCACACUUCUAUCUGAAGGAGGCACUAUGAUGCUCGAACUCCAGGAGAGGGUAACUGAGCUGGAAAACUGGAAGGAUGGCAAAGGCCUUAUCAUCUGUGGUGCAGGAAACACCUUUUGCUCGGGAUCUGAUUUGAAUGCUGUCAAAGCAAUUUCCAACUCCCAGGAUGGGAUGAAUAUGUGCAUGUUUAUGCAAAAAACUUUAACCAGACUUAUGAGAUUGCCUUUGAUCAGUGUUGCACUAGUCCAAGGAAAAGCUGUUGGAGGAGGAGCAGAACUUACCACGGCAUGUGAUUUCAGGUUGAUGACGCCGGGGAGUGAAAUUCGGUUUGUCCAUAAGCACAUGGGCCUGGUGCCAGGCUGGGGAGGAGCUGCCCGGCUGGUGCGGAUCGUCGGCAGCGGGGCUGCCCUCCAGCUGCUGAGCGGGGCUGCCAAGGUGGACCCUGAGAGAGCUCUGCACCUUGGGCUCUCGGAGGAGACGUUGUCGUCUUCAGAUGAAACGGGAGCGUUAGAAGAAGCCCAAGCCUGGCUGAGUCAGUACACAGAGGGACCAGCCAGCGUGAUUCGGGCUGUGAAAAAAGUGGUGACAGCGGGAAGAGAGCUACCACUGGAAGCUGCCCUGAGGACAGAGAAGGACAUUUUUGGAACUGUAUGGGGUGGGCCUGCCAAUUUGCAGGCGUUGGUUACGAGACCAAAACAUAAAUGAUGGUCGAUGCAAAAGAAACGUUCUUGACCUUUUUGCAAACAAAGCUUUCACUAAAGCAGGCAUUAAACUAAAUCAUUUAAGGACUUGUUAUUUAAACUGGCAUUAACAUUCCUGUCGUUCACGUCAGGCAGACAUAUUUGGUGUGCAACCACAGAGAAAUCCCAGGCACAUUCUUUACUGUCCUAAUCACCCACUGAAUGGAGAUUAGUGAAAUUAGUAUGUAAAGGUGGAUACUGUGAUGAGAAUAGAACUAUAAUUCUUUUGGAAUGAGGCUGAAGAUUAUUUUCUUUGGAGUUAAUUUUGUUUUUCUAACUGGUAUGGAAAUGAAUUGCUUGAAAGAUAUGAGAUUUAUUUAUUUGCAGAACGAACAGGUGCAUCUAAAGCCGCAAAAUAUGAGUUCCCCACCACGCGACUAGUGUCUUAAAGCAGCUUUGAAGGGAUGACAACUGGUGAGAUGAUAGCUUUUAUUUUUUCAUCUUCAGUCUGUUCUUGGUAUAAUUGCUGAGAAAGUAUCCAAGGAUACUUCAAUUUUAAUGGUGAUUUUUAUAGAAGCUCUAACUCACUGAGGAGCUUACAGCCCUCGUUCACUGACAUGGAUCUUAAGUCCUUAAAUGCAUUUAAAUGUCUACCUCACUGUUGUAGAAACCAUCUACAUCUACGCUUUGCAUCUGCACAUUCCCAUAGCCUGUACCUGUGCUGCUGAGCAUGCGCGAAGAUGCUGACCUAAUUCUUUACCUAGAACUUAGUUGAAAUCUUGGAAGGCCAUGAUGAAUCAUACCCAAAAUUGGGAUUUCCUUGACUGGGUGGUCUGAGUACUUCAGCAUUCUGGAAAGACGUGUGUGGAUCUGUCUGGCUGUGUCUUAAUUUUAGGAUAUUUUUACUGGUAGGGCAUAUUUGGGCUGCAAAAGACCCGAAGACUUGGAGCUUGGUCUCCACUUCAUGCCAGUGACUAUGCAAGCAAUUAACUCAGUGGGGAGGGUUUUCCCUUUAGAAACUAAGUGCCUGCUUUGGCAGAUGAUUCUUAAACAUCUGUGAGAGCAAAAACAUGCAGACAUAUCCAUGGCUGAGAGAUUCCUGUACUGGUGAUUAGGACGCACAUGUCUCUUAAUCCGGGAGGGGAUGAGAUCUGAGCCCAGGACCCAUGUACCCCAGGGGAGCACGUUAAGGAGGAAGCUCUGGGCUCUGUGCCACUGACAUGCGUUCUCGAUCUGACCAGGCAUCACUAACUCUAGGUACAUGGUACGACCUCCCUUAGGAAAAGGAGGCGAGUCCUGGGAUGGAAAUUAAUGUUCUGAUUUCUACAGUGUUGCAGUAUUCCCGAGUUUUAGAGAGCGAGGUAACUGUACAUAUGUUUGAGGAUCUUGGGACAGAUCAAUGAUGGGAAUUAACAGGCCUGGAUUGCCUGUUAAGAUUUUUGCAGCUUUCGAGCAGAUGCUGUGCUCUGCUGGGGAUGUUUUACUAUAUGGCUUUCACAGCGGGGAGGGUGUAUAGCCUGAAGCAACCAAAAGAAAUGAAGAAAGGGACGUGUUUUGAGCUGGCACCUCAGGGAGGAUAAGGAGCUUACUCUGCUCUGAUGAUCCUGUUUGCCUUCACACCUGAAGCUGCUGCUGGAGGAAGCUUUCCAAUCUCUCCUCCCCAAAAAUAAAGUUCAUUUUUUACUUCCAGGUUAGAGAAGAGAUGGGAAUGGGAACAGGGGGAGAGAGUAGUGAUCUGGUUUGUGCCUCUUUCUCCCCCCACCCCUUUUUAUCCAACAUAUCUGUUAUGUCCCCUGUCCAGCUGGAUUCUUUCCUGUGCUCUAAAGGACUUCAGACCCAAGACUUCUGAGGUACAGAUGUUUUAAUGUAGUUAGGCAGUGCUUGACUGUUUAGUAAUGAAGCUGUGCUGCUUUUCAUGAAGUUCCUCAAGAUUUGUGAGGGAUUCUAGACUGCCAGCAUCACUGAACCUUCGGAGCAUGCUCCAGUCCAUACUCAUCCAACUUUCUGAAGCAAUAGCACAUCACAUUGUUGUGAGUCAAAUUAAUUGUGCUUUAAAGGGCAAUUGGUUAUGUCUUUGCUAGUAACAAGAAUAAAUUUGCCAUUACUAAUGCUGUGAUUAUGUUCUUCCUCAGGUUCAAGAUCCUUGAAUAUUUUUAUUUUUCAGGUGCCAGGCUGUAAGGCUCAUUAGUGUAUCCUGUGCACCGGGUGAUAUAAAUUUGAAAGGGAGGAAAUUGUAGCAGAAAAGCAGAAUCUGUUUUACUUGCACAUUUUGAACUAGAGCUGUGCUGCCAGUAAGUGAAACUCAGUAUGUACAGCUACCGGGGGGCCUCUUUCCAUUUUGAUUUGUAGACGAUGAGCUUACUUCUCCCUUCAGCAAAUGCAUUUCCCCAGCCAUCCUCUCUGAUUUGUAUCAAAGGCCAACGUCUCCUUCUAAGAACAGGACAAAUAAUUAACUAGUACUGAGUAAGACACUUUCAGAAAAGGUUACAGAAACUCAUUGUGUCCUCUGGUCUGUUGGAAUCACAGAUAUACCAAAGAUAGCUACAAGAGAUUCUGAAGAUAAUUACAGGUGUUUGUUUUGAUCAAGGAUUUUGUGGGCAGCCCAAUACCAUCUUCUGUAGAUCCUUUUCUGUUUUAAAAGCAAGUACAGGCAUUUGUAUGAAAACCAGCCUAACUAAAAAUUACCACGAGUGCUCCAGACUGAGCUGAAAUGGAAUCCCAUUUUACCAAUUUCAAACCUAAAUGUUUUAUUUCAUUAAAUACUUGCAUACUUAUCAUCUUAAGGUGACAAAUACCUGUAACCAGCAGAUGAUAAGCAUUUAUAUUUUCUUUACAAUUAUUAAAGACUACAAGCUUCA